AUGUAUUAUGGAAUCAGCCAGUUUAGCGAAGCCUACAACAAAAUCUUAAGGAAUUCAUCGUCUCAUUCAUCAUGUCAAUUGGUCAUUUUCGUUUCUUGUCUUAACAUCGAUGCGCUGUGUGCGACGAAGAUGUUGUCACUAUUAUUCAAAAAACAAUUGGUACAAUCUCAAAUAGUACCGAUAUUUGGGUACUCUGAAUUACGACGCCACUAUUCUCAAUUGGAUGACAAUAUAAAUAGUCUGCUAUUAGUAGGGUUUGGAGGCGUUAUUGAUCUGGAGGCUUUCUUAGAAAUCGAUCCCCAAGAGUAUGUUAUCGAUACAGAUGAAAAGUCGGGGGAACAAAGUUUCAGGAGAGACAUCUACGUGUUGGAUGCUCAUAGACCGUGGAAUCUCGACAAUAUAUUUGGAUCACAAAUCAUCCAAUGUUUUGACGACGGUACGGUGGAUGACACAUUAGGCGAACAAAAAGAAGCAUACUAUAAAUUGCUUGAACUGGACGAGGAGAGUGGUGACGAUGAGCUCUCAGGUGACGAGAACGAUAAUAAUGGGGGUGACGAUGAGGCAACUGAUGCCGAUGAAGUCACAGACGAGGACGAAGAAGACGAAGAUGAGACAAUAUCUAAUAAAAGAGGUAAUUCUUCAAUAGGACCGAAUGAUCUCUCAAAAAGAAAGCAACGAAAGAAGCAAAUCCAUGAAUAUGAAGGUGUUUUGGAGGAAUACUAUUCUCAAGGCACAACAGUGGUUAACUCGAUAUCUGCACAAAUCUAUUCAUUAUUGUCUGCUAUCGGAGAAACAAAUCUUUCAAACCUGUGGUUGAAUAUACUUGGUACGACCUCGUUAGAUAUAGCAUAUGCUCAAGUUUACAAUCGAUUAUACCCCUUAUUGCAAGAUGAAGUGAAGCGUCUCACACCAAGCAGUAGAAACUCAGUAAAGACCCCUGAUACAUUGACGUUAAACAUCCAACCGGAUUACUACCUUUUCUUACUGAGGCAUUCUUCAUUGUACGACAGUUUUUAUUAUUCUAACUAUGUCAAUGCCAAACUAUCCCUAUGGAAUGAAAAUGGGAAAAAGAGAUUGCAUAAGAUGUUUGCUAGAAUGGGUAUACCAUUAAGUACUGCACAAGAAACAUGGUUAUACAUGGAUCAUUCUAUUAAGAGAGAACUUGGGAUAAUAUUUGACAAAAAUUUGGAUCGUUAUGGGUUGCAAGAUAUAAUUAGAGAUGGGUUUGUUAGAACUCUUGGAUAUCGUGGGUCCAUAAGUGCCAGUGAAUUUGUCGAAGCACUAACAGCUCUUUUGGAAGUAGGUAAUUCAACUGAUAAGGAUAGUGUGAAAAUAAAUAAUGACAAUAAUGACGAUACAGAUGGAGAGGAAGAAGAAGAUAACAGCGCUCAAAAAUUGACGAAUUUGAGAAAAAGAUGGGUUUCGAAUUUUUGGCUCAGUUGGGAUGCUCUAGAUGACAGAAAGGUGGAACUAUUAAACCGUGGCAUUCAACUAGCACAAGACUUACAGAGAGCAAUUUUUAAUACCGGGGUUGCUAUAUUGGAGAAGAAAUUAAUCAAGCAUUUAAGAAUUUAUAGAUUAUGCGUCUUACAAGACGGACCCGAUUUAGACUUGUACAGAAACCCAUUGACGUUAUUAAGAUUAGGAAAUUGGCUCAUAGAAUGCUGUGCGGAAUCUGAAGACAAGCAAUUGUUGCCCAUGGUGCUUGCCAGCAUAGAUGAAAAUACGGACACUUACUUGGUUGCUGGGUUAACACCUAGGUAUCCUCGCGGACUAGACACGAUACACACAAAAAAACCUAUUUUGAAUAAUUUCAGCAUGGCGUUUCAACAAAUAACUGCAGAAACGGAUGCUAAAGUGAGAAUAGAUAAUUUUGAAAGUUCCAUAAUUGAAAUACGUCGUGAAGAUCUUUCACCAUUCCUGGAGAAGCUGACCUUGAGUGGAUUGUUAUAA